GCCCCUUCCGAGGAGGACAAGCUGCCGAGGGCGCACCGCAGCAGGCUUCUGUUCCACUGCGGGCAGUUUCUCCUCCUCCUUUUAUGCGCGAACAGCGGCUGCAGUCUGAGCUCGCUUCAAGUCCUUCAUCUCCCGCGCGCUUCUUCCAGAAUUCGCUUGGCUGUUUCCCCCUUCCUGCUGGAAGUGUGACCCAUAGCAGGUCGAGGCCGUACAGUGCCGUGGUCACCUUCCCACUGCUGGUGAAACUGUCAUGUCGGUGAGUGUGAACCUUGUUGGCCCCGCCCCCUGGGGCUUCCGCAUAACAGGCGGCAGGGACUUCAGGAAGCCCAUCAUGGUGUCUAAGGUGACUGAACACGGCAAAGCAGCCCUUGGUGACCUGCGGCCCGGUGAUGUCAUCGUCUCUAUCAAUGGGGAGAGCACUGCCGAAAUGCUCAACGUGGAGGCACAGAACAAGAUCAAGCAGAGCUCUGGGCAGCUGCAGCUGCAGGUAGACAGGUCUCAGCAGUUUUCUCCCAGUCAGACCAAUGGUGAAAGUUCCCCAGAGAUGUUGAGCAUACGAUUUCAGGAGUCUCUGAGAACCAGAGACGAUGGUCAGAGUUCACUGAGGUCUUCCUACUCCAGCCCAGCCUCCAUCAGCCCUCGGCCCAGCAGUCCGUACUCCCCUUCAUCUCCUGGAUUCCGUCCAGCCAGCCCAUACAGCCCACGGCGGCCAAGUUUACCCAAUGAGAGCAGAGGAGAGUCAGUGGUGAAUAGCCGCAGCUUCCAGUCUCUGGGGAGUUCUUUUGGAAUCUCUGAUGAACACAGCCUACCCUCCCAUGGGUAUCAGCAUCCAAGCAACAGACAGGAUCGGAGGUCUUUCAGCCCCCCCAGUCGGUCGCCUGUUACAGUCCUGCCACCCUUGAAUGGUUCUCCAUCCCCAGGAGCAUAUUCCCUCUGCAACCCUUGGGAGCUGAGGAAAGACCAGGACAGGAGUUCUCCCUCCUACCACAGACGUUACAGUCUGGAUACAGAACCAGCCAUGCGUCGUUUGGAAGGAGACUCUGAAGUUUACAAGAUGAUGCAGGAAAACCGUGAAACCAGGGCUCCGCCACGGCAGUCGAGCACUUUCCGUUUGCUCCAAGUAGCCCUGGAGUUGGAUGAAAAAGAGGGCACCGUGAGUCACUACCCCAGCCAGCUGUCUCCCAGUGCUCACAAGCCAGUCAGCAGUUCUGUGGCAAGCACCCAGAAGCUGCAUGUGUGCGAGAAGUGCGGCAGCAGCAUCACAAACCAAGCCGUGAGGAUCCUGGAGAACCGCUACCGCCACCCCUCCUGCUAUACCUGCACAGAUUGUGGCCUGAAUCUGAAGAUGCGUGGCCAUUUCUGGGUGGGCGAAGAGAUGUACUGUGAGAAGCAUGCUCGCCAGCGCUACCAGGGGCCUGGAGUGGCCAGCCCUGUCACUGCAGUCUAUUCCCAGUCCUAAAAUGUAGCCAAGCACAUGAGAGCUGAACAUCAGCUUGGAGGUUUCUUACCAUGCCAAAUCUGUAUGAAUACCAGCGGCUCCCCUGGGUCUCUUUCAACAGACUCUUCUCUUGCACCAUCUCAGCCCAUUGGGGGCCUCUUCCCCAGCUCAGUUAGUCUCUUCUGCCAGUGGAGGACCCAUCUAACAAAAGGAGCUUCCAAGAAAAAACGGAAGGGUUCAUGGAUCUUGGGGGAUAGAGUUUACAGUUCACCAAUAGAAAGUGACUUUACAGUAUGCUUUCAGUUGGCAGGUUCUUAGCCUGUUUCUUAGAAGGGCAGUUUCCAUAGAGCACAAGCAUUGGUCACGUUUGGCAUUGGGUGGCUUUGGAGGGGAUGGGUAAUGGCUGAGCUUCUGAUGCCUGUGCUUCUUAAGGAUCACUUAUGGGGCACGGUGUGGGAUGCAGAAAUCCAAGUGACUCUUGCCAGUCAUCAGAGCAAAAGGCAAUGUUGCUUCCUUUUGUGGCUGCAGCACCUCUUUCUCAUUGCUGCUGCCAACAUCCUUACGUCCAUGUAGAAAAUAGAAAAGUGAGAGAGAGGUGGGGGAGUCACUAAAGCACUUGGUACUGGGAUGGCAGUGGGGCAGUUUCAGAUAUUGACUCUGUAAAGCUUUUCUAAGAUCUCUAUGUAAAAUGUAAUAUAUAUAUAUAUAUGUAUAAAUUACUUGCCCUGUGCCUUUUUUCCCCUUGCAUUACAUUUUUGGAGCUUCUAAGAAUACAGCAGUGCACCCUGCCACUCAGGGUACAUGUGUUUUCUUGGAAGCCCAUGGGCAGUUCUUUAGAAUAGUAAAUGCCUUGAAUGUUCAAGGCAGGUCAGCUUCUGGAUUCUUUCAGAUAUUUCUAGGGAGAGUAUGUGGAACUUCCGGGAUUGCAGAAGGAGUGGAAGGGGGGCACCCCUUCCUCCUUUCCAGGAGUUCCUUAAUAAAUAGAUCCAGAGGAGUUAGCUGUGUUAAGUCUGUAGUAGCAAAAUAGCAA